CAUUUGAGUAAACCCCCGUGGACCGUAAAUUCGAUUUUCUCCACCCGGUUCCUUUUGCACCAAACAGCCGCACACAACUCGACAUCUGUCCAACGAUUCUGGGCUCGGUUUCGGUUCGGCUCGCCCGCGAGGGAGAUGGCCGCAAUCGCCAGCUCCUUGAUCCGACAGAAACGCCAGGCGAGGGAGUCAAACAGUGACCGGGUCUCCACUACUAAACGGCGCCCCAGCCCCAGCAAAGACCCACGUUCCAUAUGCGAGCGGCAUUUCUUGGGGGUCUUCAGCAAAGUCCGUUUCUGCAGUGGCAAGAAAAGACCAGCCGCUCGGCGGCGACCAGAUGCACCCUCCAAACCUCCACAGGUGUUCCGUAAGGGCGGCAGGCUAGAGCCGCAGCUGAAAGGCAUCGUGACACGAUUGUUCAGCCAGCAGGGCUUCUACCUGCAGAUGCAGCCGGACGGCUCUAUCGAUGGCAGCAAGGACGAGAACAGCGACUACACACUGUUUAAUCUAAUUCCUGUGGGUCUGAGGGUGGUGGCCAUCCAAGGGGUGAAGGCCGGCCUCUACAUUGGAAUGAACGGAGAAGGAUUCCUCUACAGCUCAGAAAUGUUCACGCCGGAGUGCAAGUUUAAGGAGUCGGUGUUUGAGAAUUACUACGUGAUCUACUCGUCCACUGUGUACCGGCAGCAGGAGUCCGGUCGGGCCUGGUUUCUAGGCCUUACCAAGGAAGGCCAGGUCAUGAAGGGGAACAGGGUCAAGAAAACCAAGCCCUCCUCACACUUUGUCCCCAGGCCCAUUGAAGUGUGUAUGUACAGGGAGCCGUCGCUGCAUGAGAUCGAGGAGAAACAGCGCUCCAGGAAGAGCUCAGGGACUCCCACCAUGAAUGGAGGGAAAGCUGUCAACCAGAACUCCUAGCAGCAGGGCCCCAAGGGUGGGGGGCCCGGGUCCCCCCUCUCUUAAAUAGAGGGGAGAGAGGCUACAGACCCCCUCGCCAACAUGCCCUCUGAAGGGAUGGGCCGUCACGAGGGGGAGGAGCUACACCCAAGAUGACAAAAAAACUGAACUCUCGCCUGUGAAAAUCUUUUAGAGGAAUAUCCAGAUAAACCCAGAGGAAAACAAAAAAACAACGACAAACAUUUUCAAUCAGGAGUUGACCAACGUUUUAUGCAAAAAAAGAAAAAAAAAGCUGUGACAAAGGAAUGGUGGUCUCUUCACAAUACAAAUAUCUAUCGUUUCCAAUUUAAGCUGUGAAAAAUGAGCUUUAAAGACAUGUUUAAUUUCCCAUGCAUUGAUUUUAUGAAUGCUAUGGCACCCUCACAUGCUUAAUUGUGUUACUGUUGUCCAAUAAUAACAAUAUUACUUAUGUGUUGAUAACUCUUCAUCCCAAUUUAGUAUCAUGGGUGUUCUGUUUUUCGUUUGAGACUGUAGACAUGACAAAUUGUUGGUAUUUUUUUAUUGCUUGACAUUGAUUGCACUUUCACACUGCAUACACUGGUGUGGGGGUAAAGAAUGAAUAUAUAUGAGAAGUCGCUGGAGGGCUCAGUAGGAUACAGGAAUGGGUGAGUGGGAUGGCUUUUGCUCAGGUGAUGUACUGUCGGUGUGGAAUAUCUCCUAUCUCCACAUACUCUUUGAUAUGACAGGACUAGACAACUGAAAUCAAUAUGGCGGCUACUCCACCAAGCCUCAUAGUAGUCCUCUAGCAUAUUAUGGUGCGUUCGAGUGCGGAUGGAAAUGUGGAAAUACAAGUUCCCGACCCAGAAAUAAUGAUUGAACGACCCUCAAAGUCUGAGUUCCAAGUGGGAAACACGGUCCAGAAUGAAGAUACUGAAGUUUACGAGGUGUGACCGUUCACCUUUUCGACCACUAGACGAUAAAAAAAAGCCAUUUACAACCUUAACCAUCUGAUUAAUGUAGCUCGGUGGAUCCAUACAGUAUAUAGUUUGACAUAUUGUCAAUAUAAGCAACGUUAGCUAGAUUAGCCAUCUAGCAAGAAUGUCAUUGGUUGAAGAGUUAUUCUGACUUCAAAAGCACUUGAAAGCACUCAUGUUGUAUAUACAACUUCACCAACUGGGAAAUAUUAGAUUCCGAGGACCGUUCGAAUGCACCAUUACUCUCAAUGAUCCAGUCCUGUGAACUUAAUGGUCAAGAGGGAAAGGAUAGCCUUGUAAUAUUAUCAAUACUCUGGCAAAGUGGGUAUAGCCAGGAGGAAAAAAAGAUUGAUAGAGCUUCUGGUUGUUUUUGUUUGGUGUGCCAGUACUAAUAAGGGCAUUUCUUUCUAAUAAGGUCUGGGUUGGCCAAUCCUGGGGGGAAAUGCAAUAUUCUCUCCAGAAAAGGAAACUUGGCUUAGCAUCCGCCAAUCAAGGAUUCUUUCAUGAACAGGUCUACUUCACCUCUUUAUGAGCUUUGACAAAGACUUUCUUGGAAGUGCGUCAGAGAAUGCUUUUAGUCGGUCCAAAUAAAUCAUGAAAAUGUCCUUGGGAAGGCACGUUGUUGUGGCUUGUGUAAGGGCUCAGCAGACUCAGGCUGCUUGGGGCUAAGGUGAUUGUGAAAGCUAUCCAAGUCCCAAUACUCUUAAGAAGCUUCCUCUCCUUGUGUCUUUAUCUUUGUUAUCAGCACACUGAGCAGACUAGAAAUGUCACAAUAAUCGGUUGAUGGGGUGUAGCGCAUUCAUUUGAUGUAAUUAGUCUCUUUAUAUCUGUGGCCAAUGAGGGAAAGGAAACAAAGGAAGUGUUUUAAGAUACUUUUCGACAAGGCCCCUGUGAGCUCCUCCUCUUCCAUCAAUACCCUUUCCCCUACGACACUGUAAUCAAUAAUAACCUAGCACAAUGCAACGGGAAGGAGCCCAGUCACCCAAAACCAACAAAAACAAAAUGUGGAUGCCGGAAGGUUCUUUUGCCCUGAGAGUCUGUAAAUAUUUCACUUUUUUGUACUUACAGGCUGGCAUCCCAAUGGCUUCCAUCUCAGUAGGUUUUGUGAGCCAUGAAAUGAGCCGAUUGCUGCAUUGUGGAAAUGAGCCCCCGCCAUUUCAUAAAUCAAAUGUAGGAGAGUGGCUGUAUAUAUGAAGAGUAAAAAGGCUGGUUAAACCAGCAGGGAAGGCAGGGAGGAAUCACCCCCAUCACCAAGAUGGAGAAGUCACCAUGUCCACUGAUCCUAUUGUUCGCCUAACUCAGGAAGUCCCACUCCAGUCUAAUGAACGGAGUCUGACAACAAGGCGGGCCACCCUUGCCCAGCACCUAAUGCACAAAGCCUGGCCAAAGGUGUGGUCUUGGGGGGGUUGGGUCAGGGGUGUUGGUGGCAGAGUGGGGGGUCUGGAAGUCUUGGGAUCUGGCUAGGGCAUGAGAUAGGGGAUGUCAGGGUGUCAUGUCAGACACUUCCUCAUUUAACUGCGGCAGGUCAUGGCAGAAGACCAGCACAAGUCUUCCACUGGGAUCAGGAGAGAGCUGGGCUCAGUUCUGCAGUAGUUGCUCCAGUUUAAAUCGCCCAAAGGCACAGAUCUAGUAAUCGGCUUACUCUUCCUCAGUUCUAACCUUAACCAUUAGGGGAUAGGGACGCAAAACUGACCUUGGAUCAGCAUCAACUUCAUUCUACUCGGAAGGAUGUACUUUACAUAACCUGCUGGCAGAGAAAAGAAGGGAAGAUAGAAAUGAGGGGUUAAGAAUAGGGAGUGAGAGUAAAAUAGGGGAUAUGCGAGUGAACUAAGAGAGCACUUUUGGGGGACAAAAUGAAAAUGCCAGAGCGACAGCGCAGGGGCUCAAUACUGUAUGAAGAGAUAUUAUAUUUAUGUUUAAGUUUGCAAAUGAUUUCACCGUAAAUGGAACACAGGCAUAUAUGCAUUAUGAAUUGUGAGAUGAAAAAAAAAUGCAUUGAUAUUUAAAAAUCAGAAUGAAGUUAGUGAUUGUUUAAGAAUAAAAAAUACAUUA